UUUAUCUGGGGCCCCCACCCCCUGCACCCGAGGGGCCCCUCUUGCCCGCCCCCAGCACCCAGGGGUGCUCCGGGCCGUAGAUAAGCCAGCAGCCUGGCACUGCGCCGCGCACGGGGCGGAGAGGUCACGGGCUUGCCAGGGGAGGGGCCGAUGGGUCGGGGCUGCGCCCCCCACCCGCCCGGCACCCCCAAAUCCCUAAUCGCAGCCGGAUCUGCUCUCGCGGCGCAGCCCCGCGGGACGUGGCAAGAGCCGACCUGCAGAGCCUGUUCUGGCCGCGGCGGUCGGGGGGGCGGGCUGGGCGUGGGGGUGCCGGCGCUGCGGCACCUUUAAGACGAGGGAGGACCCCUCUUGCCCUCGGACAAACCAGGAAGGGAGUCGCGAGCAUCAUACGGGGCUUUGCGUACUGUACGGCUACUGUAGGGGCAGUGACGCCGCCGCCCGCCCGAGCGAGGUCCGCGCCGCGGGCAGCCCCGAUCGCGCGUCCUCCGGGCCCGGGUCCCCGCGAGGUAAAGCCGACGGGCUGAAGGGGAUCCCUCUUCGGGCAAGGUGUCGGCGCGGAAAAUGGCUGGCGGCGUGGACGGCCCCAUCGGGAUUCCGUUCCCGGACCAUAGUAGUGACAUCCUGAGUGGCCUGAACGAGCAGCGGACGCAGGGUCUACUGUGCGACGUGGUAAUCCUGGUGGAGGGACGCGAGUUCCCCACGCACCGCUCGGUGCUGGCCGCUUGCAGCCAGUACUUCAAGAAGCUAUUCACAUCAGGCGCUGUCGUGGACCAGCAGAACGUAUACGAGAUCGAUUUUGUGAGCGCCGAGGCACUGACAGCACUCAUGGACUUCGCCUACACGGCCACGCUCACGGUCAGCACGGCCAAUGUGGGUGAUAUCCUGAGUGCAGCGCGGCUGCUGGAGAUCCCGGCCGUGAGCCAUGUGUGUGCAGACCUGCUAGAGCGCCAGAUCCUGGCUGCCGACGACGCUGGUGACAGCGGCCAGCCCGACGGGGCGGGACCCACGGACCAGCGCAACCUGCUGCGUGCUAAGGAGUACCUGGAGUUCUUCCGCAGCAACCCCAUGAACAGCCUGCCUCCUGCUGCCUUUCCAUGGUCCGGCUUCGGGGGCCCUGACGACGACCUGGAUGCCACCAAGGACGCUGUGGCUGCAGCUGUGGCCGCCGUGGCUGCGGGCGACUGCAAUGGCUUGGACUUCUAUGGCCCAGGACCCCCGGCCGAGCGUCCCCCCACAGGCGAUGUGGACGAGGGUGACAGCACACCGGGGCUAUGGCCCGAGCGGGACGAGGACACCCAGGCCGGAGGGCUCUUCCCGCCUCCUGCCGCCCCACCGGUCGCCACGCAGAACGGCCACUAUGGUCGCGCAGGGCCUGGGGAAGAGGAGGCGACAUCACUGUCAGAGGCGGCCCCUGAGCCCGGCGACUCCCCAGGCUUCCUGUCCGGUGCAGCCGAGGGCGAGGAUGGAGACCCGGCCGAAGUGGAUGGGCUGGCUGCCAGCACACUACUGCAGCAGAUGAUGUCGUCGGUGGGCCGGGCAGGGGACAGCGAUGAGGAGUCCCGUGCGGACGACAAGGGCGUCAUGGACUACUACCUGAAGUACUUCAGCAGUGCUCAUGAGGGCGAUGUGUACCCAGCCUGGUCGCAGAAGGGCGAGAAGAAGAUCCGGGCCAAGGCCUUCCAGAAGUGUCCCAUCUGUGAGAAGGUGAUCCAGGGCGCGGGCAAGUUGCCCCGCCACAUCCGCACACACACAGGCGAGAAGCCCUACGAGUGCAACAUCUGCAAGGUUCGCUUUACCAGGCAGGACAAGCUGAAGGUGCACAUGAGGAAGCACACGGGGGAGAAGCCGUACCUGUGUCAGCAGUGCGGCGCGGCCUUCGCACACAACUACGACCUGAAGAACCACAUGCGGGUGCACACGGGGCUACGGCCAUACCAGUGCGACAGCUGCUGCAAGACCUUUGUGCGCUCCGACCACCUGCACAGACACCUCAAGAAGGACGGCUGCAACGGGGUCCCCUCGCGCCGUGGCCGAAAGCCCCGCGUGCGGGGUGUGCCCCCCGAUGUCCCCACUGGGGCCGUUGUGCCCCCCGGGCUCCCCGACACCCCGCGCAAUGGCCAGGAGAAGCACUUUAAGGACGAGGAUGAGGACGAGGAUGAGGCCAGCCCCGACGGCUCAGGCCGCCUGAAUGUAGCGGGCAGCGGUGGCGACGAUGGUGCAGGUGGCCCCGCGGUAUCCGCCGCAGAGGGUAACUUUGCAACCUGACUUGUAUUCAAAACAAAACAAACCAAAAAACAAAACAAACUAAGAGAACAGAGAGAAACCACACCCACCCCAGCACCACAGCUGUCUGUCCAGACGCCCUCCAUCCAUCCACGCGCGGACCUGUGUGCGUGUAUAUAUCCAUGGCCGUUGCGGGCACGCCUGCCUUUCUCAGAUUCUUAGGACGUGGCCCCAUCCGCCCCCAUGCUCCUCGCCCUGUCCGCGUGGGGUCCCACCCCGGGGGUCCCCUGCCUGCUCCUGGAUAAGGUGAAGGUGAUGGGGACCCCCAGGACAGGUGCCCGGCUCCUUGCUGGUUGGUUUUAGGGGUCUCAGACAGACCUUAAAUGCUUUCUGUCCACAGUAAGUGGACGUUAAAAUGGUCCCCGGCUCCCCACCCUCCUUCCUCAGGGCACUUACUAAAGAGGGGGGUGUCCCCUCGGCCUCCCCGCUCCCGUCUCGCCUGUGGCCUCGCACCUCUGCACACCCCACCCUGGCCACCACUGAUAUACAAGUCUAUUUAUUCCCAACCUGGGUGGCUGGAGCUGGGAUUUGGGGGGCCGCUGGGGUCCCGCCACCCUCCUUCACGGCACUUAAACCUGGCGUGGUCCUCAGAGCCACUGCUCAGGGUGACCCCCCACCCUCCCGUCUCCGCUAGCCAACCCCUUCACCCCGUACCCCACUUUUUAAAGCACUUUUUAGAUCUAUUUCCCUUCUUCCUCCUUAAAGACAAUUUAUAUAGAGAUAUAGAGAGAGAUAUAUAUAAAAUAUUCUUUUCUCAGAGGAGCCGGCAACAGUUUGGGGGAAUGUAGCCAAGAUCAGAGGGGACCCCAGGGACUCAGGCAGGGAUGGGGGGAGGGGGCAAGAGAGGCUUAAUAUCACAAAACAGCAAUAAAACCCAGGAUUUUAGUAAACACAAAGGCAGAACAUUAAAAAAAAAAAAAAAAAAAAAAAAAAAAGCAAAAGCGGCGACAGCCAUGUGGGGAUCUUGGCACUUUGUAACUGAACGGGUACUUUUCAUUCUUAACUUAAGAAAUGUUUACAAGUUGCACCCAGCUUCUAUGAAAAAUUGGAGAGAGAGAGAGAGCGAGAGAGAGAGAGAGAGAGAGCAGGCAAGCAAGCAGUGGAAAGUAAGUCAAUUUAUUUUUGUAUAAAAUAAAAGAAACCCAACCCAUUGCUCCAGUAGAAUCCACUUGUGUUCCCGAGACUCAGGGUGGGGAAGGCAUCCUCUGUGUGAAGGGACCUAGGGACCCGAGUCUGCCAGGCCCCCUCCCUGUCCCCAGCUCACUUGAUUUUCUCUUGUCUCUGUUGGAGACCACAGGCCUGGGCAGCCACUGUCCCCUCCGGCUCGCCAGUUUGCUUCCCAGCUCAGGGAUGUCCCGAGAGAGGGCUGGUUUCCCACCAGCCAGGCCCUGCUACCCUGCCCGCCCCCCUCCCGUGUCGUAGUCCCUCCUAGGCACCCCCUCUUUUUACUCAAAGGCACUGACUGUAACCUAGGGGCUGGCACCUGAUCCCCCACACCACGAACUCCGGCUUUCCCCCAAAGGCCCGGUGUGACCGAGCCACAGGCCACGGACAGGGGCCGGGGUUGGGGGACGUUGCUGCUGGGUGCCGGUGCACAUGGAGGUGUCCCUGUGUCCUAUUUUGUUGACAAAGUAACCUUUUCUUUGGUUUUAAAGGGAAGCCACAUAAGAAGGCCACUUUCCAGUUUCUAGCAGAGAGAGGUUUUCCUUUUCAUCCCCUCCCAACCUGCGAGUUCCUCCCAGAUGUCUCAGGAUCCCCCCCCCCCUUGGGGCCAGCAGAAGGGGCAGGCCCAGGGGUGGAGUGGUGCUGGCCUCCCUCUCACCCCACUCCCGCAUGAGCGGUCCCGGGAACCAUGCUGUGCCCGAGCAGGGCCCAGCAGCCCCCCAUUCCUCCAUCCUCGCAAUAAAACCAACUUAAUCACACGUCAUCCUGGCCAGUGGCCACCAGAUUUGGGGCCGGUGGAGCCCUUGGGGACUGUGGUGGGGGGUGCCCCAUAGCCCGCCAGCGACAACGCAAACCCCCUCGGGAAUUGCACUAAUCCCUUACCCCUAGCUCCGCGCUCAGCUUCUGCCCACCCACACCCACCUUGCCUUAACCGUCAGCCCGUCCUGGGGGGCCACAGCCACCGCAUGGGCCCAGUGCUGGGACACCCCCCCCCAAGGCCCGCUCCCUGCUCCCCAUAUACUGCAAUCACAUACUGUAUAUAGAAUGUGGAUUGAUUUUUACAAAUUUUUAUUCUUUAAAUUAAGGCCGUGAUAAAAGUUGCCAAAGAGAAUUGUGGAAUUCACUAGAGGUUUAAGCGGAGGAGGGUGCUGUAGAAGGGUUUUUAUUUGGUGGUUUGGGGGGUUUAGUGUGUGUGUGUGUGUGUGUGUGUGUGUGUGUGUGUGUGUGUGUGUGUGGUUUUAUUUUUAAAUGCCUGGUAUAACAAAAAAAAAAUCGGAAAAGAAAAAAAAAACAAACACCAAAUUUGUUACUUCCAUUAUGGUGAAUUUCCAUGUGUGUGAGUGUGAGACAGAGAGGGCCCAGCCUGGGGGUUUCCGGGGACCCCAGGAUUGGGGAGGGCAUGCGGCCUGCAGCUGUCCCCAGCCUGUGACCUGAGCAUAGGCCUCCCCUGCUGAAUAGUUGCUGCUCUUUGCCUUCCUAUCCCUACCGGCCUUUCGAGAUUAAGAAAAAAAUAAAAUAAAAAGGCAAAAAAAUAAUAAAAAAUGAAAAAAAAUCUAUAUAUAGAGAAACCAAUGAAUGUAAAUGGCAGAGCUGGCCCAGCCUUGGCCCUGCCAAGCUGGUCUCAAGUGGGCAGAACCAAAGUGGGUGCCCGGGGGUGGUCAUUCAGGAGGACCCCCGGCCACCACCCUGUCUGUCACCCUGUUUGCUGACCUUCCUUGAGGGUGCUCCAGUGGGUCCCCUGGGUGGGCGGCCAGGGAAGACUGCUGCUGUGACAGCAGCCUUGCAGUACAGGUGGAUCUCAGGCUGGCUGUUCAGGGACUCCUGGAUGUCCACAGUGCAAGCAGUAGGGAUUGUAAGGGGGACACAGGCUGAAAGGAAAAAUAGAAAAAAACAAAAACAAAAAAAAAGACAAAAACCAACAAAAAAAUAAAGAGAGCAAAAUCCUAUUUUUUGAGAAAGAAAGAUAUUUAUAUUUGCAAUUUUAUUUUAAAAAGUUAUUUAAGCUGAGGAAACAGCCUUCCCGGAGUUUGGGUGGCUGGCACCGGACGGGUCAGGGGUCUUGGGGGCUCCUCACCCCAGGAACGAUUAUCUCAGUUUAGAACUAGCUCGCACUAAAUAAUGACUUACCUUGGUGGGGGAAGGGGUUUCAGGAGACAGAGGGCCAGGGGAGUCCUGCCCCAGGCCCAGAACGAGGUGCCUUGGAUUUUGGGGGCCCAGGCCUGGUGCAUAGGGGUCCGGAGCACAGAACAGACAUUCCACUGACUGGAUGUAAGAAUCUUUAUUAAAAAGUGUGAGAGGCAGAACGAAAACAAACAAUUGAUUUAAAAAAAAAAAAUGCACUUUUUGGGGGUGGGGGGACAAGCUUUAAAAGUAAUAAAAAACAAACAAAAGGUUAUGAAAAAUCCAAAAAAAUAGAAUUCAUUUUUCUUGUACAUAAAAGAGAAAACCCAACCACUAAAUGCAGCCUGUUACGACGUC